AUGGCCAGCAAGCAAGCAGAUACAGAGGCUCUGAAACGCCUAACGGACGAGUACCGCGAACUCCAGGAGCGCAUUCAGACGGCGGCCAGCAGUCAAGCCCAGUUGGGCGCGCAGGAGAGCGAGAAUAAAAUCGUAUUGGAGGAACUCCAAGACCUGGAGGAUGAUGCUCAGGUGUUCAAGUUGGUUGGAAAUGUUCUCAUGAAGCAGAACACCAAAGAGUCUGUGGAGAAUGUAACGAAAAGACUGAGCUAUAUACAAGAAGAAUUAAAACGAAGCGACGAGAUCAUUCAGGCCAAUAAGAACGCCUUAGAUAAACUCGUGUCUCAGAUACAAGCCAUGCAAUAA